AUGAAAAACUAGAACAAUUAAUUUAUAAUCGUAAAGGAAUGUGAGAAGAUUAAGAGAAUUUCAAAUAAGAUUAACAAUUUUAUUUUUAUAUAUGUUUUAGGAUUAGUGGUGUUAUAAACAGAAGAACAUAAAUUUAAUAAUUAUAAUCGUUAAAAAAUGCACAACGCUGUGAUUACUAUUCCUUAACAUGGAAAUGGCAGACUCUAUAAAACUUCAAUUUGCAGACACUUUGAAUUAGGUAACUGCUCAAUUGGAGAGAAAUGUCAAUUUGCACAUGGCUAAAAAGAAUUGAGAAAUCCCCAAUGGUAUUAUCAAGAUUUUACUCUAGAUCCAAUAUUGGGUAAGAUACCAACCAUCGAUUCGAAUAUAGUUAUCACAAAUUAUAAGACUGUGUUAUGCAAAUAUGAUUAAUAAGGAUUUUGUAAGAAUGGAGUGAAUUGUCCAUAUGCUCAUGGAACUAAUGAAAAGAAACAAGCUCGAUUGGCUCCUGUGUAGUUGAAACAAAUGUAAGAAAACAAAGAGAAUGGUGAUGAUGAAAAUGUUGUUAAAUUUCUGAAUUAAUUGACUGAUAAAUUAAUGAAAACUGAUGCUUUUAAAAAUGACAAGGUAUUUUAUUUGAAACUAUCUAAAAAGCAAGUUUUAGGUUAACUAAAACAAACUCAAGUAAUGAUCGAAGAAAAGCACCAUAGAGAUGCAGCUGAAUAGUUAUCAUUAGUUUUAUCUUCUCCCUCAAGAUCCUCCAAGUAAUAAAAGGCUUAUGAAACAGUAUACAAAUCUUUAACAUUGAAUUGA